GCAUUUAUGCUGUCGUGUUUGACGUCAUCCACCAUUCAUAGCGGAAGCAGAAGUCCAGUCUGUGUUGUGCGGUCGUGUUUCGAAGGGUGGAAAUUUUGUUUACUGAAUUGCGUCGGUAAGAGUUCGGAUUUGUCGUAGAUAUAUUUGAGCACCUCUGUUCGCCUAGAAAUUGCGUGGCAUCCAAUGGCAGGACGAGGUAGUGCUCAGAGGCCUAAUGGAUCAACUCAAGGAAAAAUUUGUCAAUUUAAGCUUGUUUUACUUGGUGAAUCAGCAGUAGGAAAAUCAAGUUUGGUUCUUCGGUUUGUGAAGGGACAAUUUCAUGAAUAUCAAGAAAGUACCAUUGGAGCUGCAUUCCUGACACAAACUGUGUGUCUAGAUGAUACAACGGUAAAAUUUGAAAUUUGGGAUACUGCAGGACAAGAAAGGUAUCAUAGUUUGGCACCAAUGUAUUAUAGAGGAGCACAAGCUGCUAUUGUUGUAUAUGAUAUAACUAAUCAAGACACAUUCAGCAGAGCGAAAACUUGGGUAAAGGAGUUACAGCGUCAAGCAAGUCCAAAUAUUGUUAUUGCCUUAGCUGGGAAUAAAGCUGAUUUGGCAAAUAAAAGAGGAGUUGAAUAUGAGGAAGCUCAAGCAUAUGCUGAAGAAAAUGGAUUGCUUUUCAUGGAAACAUCUGCAAAGACUGCUAUGAAUGUAAAUGAUAUUUUUCUGGCAAUUGCAAAAAAAUUACCAAAGACGGAUCAGUCAAGUGGAGGAACAGCUGGUGGCACCGGCAGGGGAGGUGUGACUCUUAGUGGUGAUGAUCCGCAACCAUCCAGUGGUUGCUGCAAAUGAAUUGUCAUCUAAUAAUGGCUGUGGCAGUUCUUUCUUGCCCAGAUGUAAUGUACAUUGGGUAAAUGUGUAUAUAACCUUAACUUGUGGUCUGGGCAUUGAAACCACACAGGCCACUGGACAGAUCGAGAUGUAGGAAAAUUUUAGUAUGGCACCCAUCGUGCUCAGACCAAACAAAACUGAGGAUAUAUGUUUAUCAUCAUAAGUUACCCCAUUCCUUUUUUUCCUAAGAUAGUAAUUGUAAUUGUGUGCCUGUCUCAAGCUCCACAAAUGUGAGUCCUAUUUCUCAGCUGUUAUAUUUUCCUUAACCCUUGUGUGUUUGUUGUAAAGCUUGCACUGUUCCACAUAUGUUUAUAUCCUAAUAUAAUUAUUAUUACUCUGAUUAUGCUCGUCCAGUGAAAUAUACAGCAUCUGUAAAUGGGGUUUUGUUAAUUUUUCCACAAGAUGCCAUCUUAUUUGGCUCUUUAGACAAGGUAUACUAAACUUUUUGAGGAUCAUGUAUGAGUAAAGAUGAUUUUGUCUUAUAUUCAUCUCUAAUAAUGUCUAUUAUGUACAUAAAAUUUGAUAUCAGAUUUGCAAAUAAACUUCCAGGUGUCUAAUACAAGUUAUUGAUUCUCUAUCUGCUAUUAUUAUUAUUAUUAUAAUUAUUAUUAUUAAGGAACAUACAACAAAUGCUUGUUAUUUAUGAUUUUCUCUUUGAAGAUCUGGAAUAAAUAGCAGAAGAGAUGGGUGGUACUUGUUGUAUUAGUGGAAUAUAAUAAAGCUUUUCCUAAAAAUUA